GUAAAAGCCAUUACAGAGGCGGCCGAGGAGAAGGAGCUGCUUUGCACUACUACUUUCUAAACUGAGGGCUGAUUUGCACACAGCAUGAAGGCUAACAUCUUUAUACUUUUACUCCUGUUUUGGGAUACGGAUGGAGUUAUACGAAUACCCCUGAAGAAAUUCCCAUCCAUCAGACGCAUGUUAAGUGACAGCAUGACUGCAGAAGAAUUGAAAGGUGCCACAAAAGAAAAUCUACAGCAACAGAUGUUCCCUGAGAAACUUACUAACUACUUAGAUGCACAGUACUACGGUGAGAUCUUCAUUGGAACCCCACCACAGAAGUUUGCUGUCAUAUUUGACACAGGCUCUUCUAAUCUCUGGGUGCCGUCUGUUAAGUGCUCCUUCUUCGAUUUUGCAUGCUGGAUCCACAAGAAAUAUAGGUCCCAGAACUCAUCCACCUAUCGUCAGAACAACACUGCGUUUGCAAUUCAAUAUGGGACAGGUAGCCUGAGCGGAUUCCUGAGCCAAGAUACAGUCUCUAUCGGCAGUAUAGAAGUCGCUAACCAGACAUUUGCUGAAGCAAUCAAGCAACCUGGUAUUGUCUUUGUUUUCGCUCACUUUGACGGCAUCCUUGGAAUGGGUUACCCCGACAUCUCUGUCGAUGGAGUAGUGCCAGUCUUCGAUAACAUGAUGCAACAAAACCUGCUGGAAGAGAAUGUGUUCUCCUUUUACUUGAGCAGAGACCCAAUGGCAACUGUUGGAGGGGAGCUAAUCCUAGGAGGAACAGACCCAAAUUAUUACACAGGAGACUUCCAUUACCUGAAUGUCACUCGGAUGGCGUACUGGCAAAUCAAGGCGGAUGAGGUCAGAGUGAACAACCAACUUGUCCUGUGCAAAGGGGGUUGCCAGGCUAUAGUGGACACUGGUACCUCCCUCAUAACUGGUCCAAAAGAGGAGAUUCGUGCCCUCCACAAAGCUAUUGGAGCUUUUCCACUCUUCGCUGGAGAGUACUUUAUUAACUGCAAGAGGAUCCAGUCCCUACCCACAGUAUCAUUUAUUCUUGGAGGCGUGGCGUACAACCUAACAGGCGAACAGUAUAUACUAAAGAUAUCAAAGUUUGGACACACCAUUUGUCUCAGUGGAUUCAUGGGGCUGGACAUACGCCCUCCUGCAGGCCCCAUCUGGAUCCUUGGUGAUGUCUUCAUUGGACAGUAUUACACUGUGUUUGACCGAGACCAUGACCGAGUGGGCUUUGCAACUGCUAAACAAGCCAAAGGGAAGUGAAUAUGAACCUAUAAGGACCAAACACAAUGACACAAAGAAAUUCAUCCAAUCACUUCUCAAGCUUUAUAAUCAACCUAGAGAUCAGUCUGUGAUUUAUUUAGGGAACAGUUCACACUUAUUUUAUAAUCAUCUGACAGGUCCGCGACCGAUGGAGCAAACCUCAAUGCACCACCUAGAGCACAUUAAUGUGAAAGCUGGUGCUUGCACCAAAAAAGGUGCCCUGAGGUCUUUUCCAUAUGUAUUUGAAAAAUGUACCAAAUUCAGAUGCAAAAAUCUUAAUUAUAGUGUUUACCUUUAAA